GUGCGGGCAUCUUUAGUCGGCUUGCAAAGCUUAUCAUAUCACUAAUGUCAUUGGAUCUCAGCUGUUUAGUUAAGGGGUUAAUCGAGUUAGGUGAAUAUAGGUUGAGACUGACUGUCGAGAUAAAGUCUUUGCUGUCCUUUUCUAAAUUUGGAACUGGCCAAUAACAGCGAUGAAUCAAGGGCAAGCUGCUAUUAUCUAAUUGAAAAGUGACCUGACCUCAGUUGGGAUCAAUUCGGUUAGAAAUUUCUUCAUAAAUAUGGCAAAAAAUAUUGUUAUUAACAGAAAAAAUUAUCAGUAAAAAAAUAAAGCUGUCACUGGCUUUACUAGCUAAUUAAGUAAAUAUAACUAGCAUGUAGGUACAAGCUGAUGUACUUAUAUUAGAUAGGUGGGUAUAUGAUUUACGAGUAAUUACUUUGAUCCUUUUAUGAGAACCAUUAAUGACUCGUUAUCUUCAUUCAAUCAAAUAUUGUUUAGUGCAUUUACAUCUGCAGAUCAAUAUACAGGAGCAGAUAAUAAGUUUAAUAAACAUUGUUGCUUCGUAAAUUAGCUAUCGGAAGUGUUUAUACUGUAGUUUGUUUAUAUGAGCGACUAGGGGAGCCGAAAUAGAUUGAUACCAAGUAUAAGUGCAGGUGCUUUUAGUUUAAUUAAUAUUUUGGUGUUAGACUGGGUGUGUUUCUCCUGAACUUUUGCUAGUGAGCAUGUUGAAACAUCAAACUUACACGAAAAUGAAUCAAUACUUCCUGGGUAUCGACAUUGGAACCACUUCAGUGAAAACUUGCAUAAUAAACACAAAGGACCAUACAGUGGAAGCUCAGCAUGGCAAAGAUACCCAGUCCAAUAUACCGAGUGAUACCGGACCUGGCGGUAACAAACAGGACGUUUCCACCAUUAUUUCAGCAGUGAAUAUGUGCGUCGCCAAGCUACCAAAGCAAUUACUGCAAAAAGUCAGCAGAAUUGGAAUUUGUGGUCAAAUGCAUGGGGUCAUGUUGUGGAAAAGUGAGCCAGAAGACCGAGCCUGGGAAAUUGUCGGCAAAGAGAAAAGCGUUAGAUUCGAUGUCAAGAAAAACAAAGUUUCCGCUCUGUACACUUGGCAGGAUAAUCGUUGUGAUCCUGCAUUUUUGGCCACUCUUCCUGACCCCCAAAGCCACUUGAAAAUAGCUACCGGAUUUGGAUGUGCCACUUUGUUCUGGAUGGUAAGAAACAAACCAGAAAAACUUCAGAAAUUCAAUUGCGCCGGGACUAUUACCGAUUUUGCAAUUGCCAUUUUAUGCGACUUGGAUAAACCAGUAAUGUCGAAUCAAAAUGCGGCUUCUUGGGGCUACUUCAACUGCAAGUUGAACGCGUGGAACUCAGAUAUUCUGGAAAAGGCAGAAUUUCCCGUCCAAAUGCUACCAGAAAUUCGGGAUUCUCGUCAAACUGCCGGCAAUUUAGUCGAUAGCUGGCAUGGUAUUCCCAAAGGAACUCCUAUUGGACUGGGAUAUGGUGAUAUCCAGUGUGCGGUCUUAUCGACACUGGAAAACCCUUCAGACGCCGUUCUGAAUAUAUCAACUUCAGCUCAGAUCACUUUUGUAGCUGAGAACUAUCAGCCUCCCGAUCAGCCUGCCAGUUCUUCUAUCGAGUAUUUUCCUUAUUUCCAAAACCAGUACAUAGCUAUUGCUGCUUCUUUGAAUGGUGGCAAUAGUUUAGCGACUUUUAUAAAAAUGUUACAACAAUGGACUUUGGAAUUGGGAUUCAGUGUACCACAAUCGAAAGUCUGGGAAAAAGUACUUGCAUUAAGCCAAGACGACAAUGCGAUAUCAGAUCUUCAAAUAACGCCCACCUGCUUAGGAGAACGACAUGCUCCAGACGCUAGCGCUUCAAUGCGUAAUAUCCAUGUAGGUAAUUUAGGAUUAGGACAAGUCUUCCGAGCGCUUUGCAGAGGAUUGUUAGAGAAUUUGCACAGCAUGAUGCCUAAAAAAAUUCUCCAAGAAGCGAAAAUCACACGCAUUGUGGGUAAUGGGUCGGGUUUAUCGAGAAACAGUGUGCUUCAGAAGGAAGUUCAGCAUCUGUAUCAACUGCCCUUAGUAUUCACUAAGGGCGGAGAUGCUGCAAAGGGCGCUGCAAUGGCAGUGGCUCUAAUAGAUCAAAUUAAUUAGACAAUUUAAACGGAGUUUUAUUUAAAAAUGUGGACCAGAAUUUCGGGAUGGUAAACCCACAAUGAUGGUGGAACUUUUUUCCACUUUAGCCCAAAAAGACGCAUCACAUAAAUUUGUAGUUUGGAUUAGAUGCAAUUCGAGUACUUUUAACGACUUUGUCUUUGUCUUUUACGAAGAUAUUUAAAAAAUAUUUUUUGGUUUACUUUACGGGAUGCCCCAAAACUAGUGAUAAACAACAUCAAGCAGCAACAAUCUAUAAAUAUCGGUUUUUCUACCUUCAAAUAUGAUCAUCACAUAAUGUCGCAUUUUGGAGCUCAAUAAAAGAAUGUCUUAAUUUUUUAAAUAGUUUAUUCCAAAAUAACCUACAUUCACAUUUUUGUAGUGAAAUUCAAAUUUUUCAUGAUUCCAAGUUGGUUGGCGCAUUUUCAGCUCUCCUUUAGUGGCCUUUUUAUAUUUUCGAGUGUUUUUUAUUUUACUGAGGAUAUUGGAAUCUCUUCAUAUCAAAGCUUUAGUAUGGCGUUUAACGACUAUUACGAAAUUGAGGCUUUUAUUUCGAAAACAGGAAGCGAUUUGAAUUAAAGCAAAAUCUAUCCAAAUCAGGGGCGAGCCAAAUAAAAAGCAUUCUCAUAUUCUACUUAAUUUUGCCUUUCCGGCACAAAAAAUUCACAACAGUUUGAAAACAAAUUUCUAUCUUUCUUUAAUGAGCCAAUGUUUUUAAGCAAACUGUUGGAAAGUUCUCAUAACAAGUUGAUGCAAAAAGUAAACAUUUUUUUCAGUUUUGUCCAUUAGUUUUGGGACUCUGUGGAAAAUAUUGUCACAUUAUCUAAAAAAAUUCAGCCUUCUAAUCGCAAAUAAUCAAUUCUUCAUUAUUGGGUAGAAUGGGCCAUCUACUGAAAAAGUUCCAGAUGAUUUAAUUUAUUCAGCGUCUCUUAUCUGAUGUUUUUAUAUUUGUUUUUCGUUUGCCUGUUAAUAUUUAAUUAGCGACUGUUAAGGGAUAUUGAAAAGGGAUGUUUUUUCGACUGUGAUUGUGUGAGAUUUAACGUUUCAAUCAGUCGUCUGGAAUUCCUUAGUAAUAUUAGUGUUUAGCGUUAAUUACUAGUGAUGCAUUUACAGGGUUGUUGUUGUUAUUUACCACGAAAUUUAGCACAAUGUACAAUGUGUGAAUUUAUUACAUAAUCCUGCUGCUUCAGGGUAACUAACUAAUCAUUGAACUGCGUAUUUCAAUAAUUAUUAUGGCAGCUAGACCAUUAAAGCUAGAACGAGGAGGCACAAUUAAUGUUUGCGCUUCUCUGCCAUCUCAUGCAGUUAGUAGUUAGGCUUGGUAGAUCUUAUUAGUGUUUCCCGUUAAUUAAUAACAGCGUUCCAAUCAAUUUUCAUUUCUACCUCGCGGUGCCAAAACAAUCUCCGGACUUUUGUUCGAAUCAUCGGGAAAAACUUUUCACAUAUGUCUUUCAUCGAGCUUUUCCAAUCGAUCGGCCAUAAAAGCGCACGUGAUUUUAUAAUGGUCCAGAUAAAAGUUUAGAAAAACCCGACACAAUAGCCGGAUAAAACAUCGAAUUUAAACGGCUAACGCUCUGGAUUUGCGUCAUUAAGGGCCGAGAGUAUUUCCGAGAACGGGUUAAAAACCUUAUUUAUUAACGCCUUAAAUUACAAACGUUGUUAUUGUUGUGUAGUUGUGUAGAUCAUCCCAAUGCUUUAAUAUAUUGUUCUCUAUUUGUUUA